UAAUGCAUCGGUGAAUGGUGAUCCGAAGAUUGUCCGGCUGCUUCUCGACCAUGGAGCAAACGUCGACUGUCAGAACAAAAAUGGUUGGACACCCAUCAAUGCUGCUGCAGACGAAGGUUUCCUUGAAAUCGUGGAAUUGCUCAUUAAGAAGGGCGCUGAUUUUGAAAUCCCGACCCGCUG